AUGGCUUCCGCAAACCAUGAGGUUGAACUGACUCAACCCCAACAGGGCCAAUCCCCGAUCACCGAAUUUGAGAAGUCGACCGAGGCUGUUCCUUGUGAAAAGGCUAUCUCUGCUACCCCUGAUGGCGAGGAGCCUAACGAGGAAGAGGCCCGGACUCUGCGCCAUGUCGCCGAGAACCUGCCGGUCUCCGCCUGGCUCGUAGCGAUGGUCGAACUGUGCGAGCGGUUCACCUACUACGGUAUGUCGGGUUUGUUCCAGAACUAUGUCAAUCUGCCACUCGAUGGCAGCCAGGGCCGUGGUGCCCUCGGUAUGGGUCACCAGGGUGCCACUGGUCUGACUACCUUCUUCCAGUUCUGGUGCUAUGUGACUCCCAUCAUUGGUGCCAUUGUCGCUGAUCAGUACCUGGGCAAAUACAAGACCAUCGUGCUGUUCUCGGUCGUCUACAUGGUCGGUCUGCUCAUCCUGGUCUGCACAUCCAUCCCUACGGCUCUCCAGCACGGCGCUGGUCUGGGAGGCUUCAUCGUCGCCAUCCUGAUUAUCGGUCUGGGAACCGGUGGUAUCAAGAGUAACGUUGCUCCUCUGAUUGCGGACCAGUACAAGCGGAAGAAGAUGGCUGUCUCGACCACGAAGAAGGGAGAGCGCGUCAUCAUCGACCCUUCUCUCACCAUCCAGCGUAUCUACAUGAUCUUCUACGGUUGUAUUAACCUGGGAUCGCUCUCGCUGCUGGCCACGCCUUACAUGGAGCGCGACAUCGGCUUCUGGUCCGGCUACUUGCUCUGUCUGUGCAUGUUCACGUGUGGUUCCUUGGUGCUCGUGUUCGGACGCAAGUUCUACGUUGUGCGCCCUCCGCAGGGAUCCGUCAUCACCGACGCGUUCAAGGCCCUGUGGAUCAUGGUCGUCAACCGCAACAUGGAUGCCCCCAAGCCCACCUGGCAAGCCGCCAACGGUGGCAACCGCACCGUGCCUUGGGACGACCAUUUCAUCGACGAGCUCAAGCGCGCUCUCGUCGCCUGCCGUGUCUUCUGCUUCUACCCGAUCUACUGGGUCGUGUAUGGUCAGUUCUCGAGCAACUUUGUCACCCAGGCCGGUCAGAUGCAGGGCCACGGCAUUCCCAACGACCUGAUGCAGAACUUUGACCCCAUCUCCAUCAUCGUGUUCAUCCCCGUCCUGGAGACCUUGAUCUACCCCCUGCUGCGCCGUCUGCGCAUCCCCUUCCGCCCCAUCACGCGUAUCUCCCUGGGCUUCGUCGUCGCCUCCUUGGCCAUGAUGUACGCCGCGAUCGUGCAGCACCUGAUCUACUCCGCCGGCCCCUGCUAUGAACACCCCGGCUGCGAUGCCUCCAUCGUCGAUGGGGUCACUUCCGGCAACAAGGUGCACAUUGCCAUCCAGACGCCCGCCUACAUGUUCAUCGGUCUGUCGGAGAUUUUCGCCUCGGUGUCCGGUCUGGAAUACGCCUACACCAAGGCGCCGCCGUCGAUGAAGUCGUUUGUGCAGUCGAUGUACCUCCUCACCAACGCCUUCGGCUCCGCCAUCGCCGAGGCCCUGACGCCGGCCGCGUACGACCCGGCCAUCCUGUGGAUGUUCGUGGGUCUGGCCUGCGCCUCCUUCGCCGUCGGCAUCAUCUUCUGGCUCGUGUUCCACCACCUCAACUCGCAGGAAGACCAGAUGAACGCGCUCGACGCCGACGACCCGGACACUCCGGGCUACGGCCAGGAGCGCCCCGCCAGCCAGGAGGGCGAGAAGAAGGACGAGAAGACGCAGGCGCAGUGA